UGUUCAUCAUUUUGACAAGUGGAAGAUCAAUUCAAUUCGUAAUUCGUAGAGUGUACUUGUAUGAUACAAAUACGAAUACAUACUAUAUAUAGUGUGUUAUAGUGUUUUUAAAGGUAGAAGACCAAAACACAUUAUUUCGUAGUAAAAAAACAUCGUAAGAACCAAACUACAAAAUGUCUGCGGAGUCUGAUAUGGAAUAUUCUGACAAUGACGGCGAUGAUUAUGAUUACUACGGUGAACACGAAGAUUGUGAUAUGGAAGUAGCCGAUCGCACUAAGUCAGAUCCUGAGUAUUUUGUGUUUUCUUGUCUGAAAGUUGAAGAAGUGGAAAAAUUACUCAACGAAUCUAUUGAAUUACUUAGUAACAGCCUUCAGAUAACACCAUCACUCGCCAAGGUAGCACUACAUGCAUAUGAAUGGAAUGCUCAAGAAAUAAUUAACAAAUAUAAAGAAAAUGCAAAUGAAGUGUUGGUUUUCAGUAGGGUGAAGCCACAAGUGCCUUCACAAAGUAUAUCAAGCAGAUCAAGUUGUGCUGUUUGUGCUAGCACACCUCAACUGCACAAGUAUAGUGCACUAGCAUGUGGACAUUAUUUUUGCAACGACUGUUGGGCAAUGCAUUUUGAAGUUCAAAUAAUGCAAGGAGUCUCAAAUACAAUACGCUGCAUGGCUCAAAACUGUGAGGUCAGAGCGCCAGAGGAUUUUGUUCUGUCACAUGUUACUAAACCAGCAUUAAGGGACCGAUACCAACAAUUCAUGUUUAAAGAUCAUGUUAAAUCUCACCCACAACUUAGAUUCUGCCCUGGUCCUAACUGUCAGUGGAUUUUUCGAGCAUUCAUUCGUGAAGGAGCACGCCGUGUUGAAUGCAAAGGUUGUGAAUCAUUGACAUGCUUCUCAUGCGGGGCUCCUCAUCAUGCUCCUACUGACUGUGCUACAAUUCGACAAUGGUUAACCAAAUGUGCUGAUGACUCUGAAACUGCAAACUAUAUUAGUGCCCACACUAAGGAUUGUCCUAAAUGUCAAAUUUGCAUUGAGAAAAAUGGGGGGUGCAAUCAUAUGCAGUGCGGAUCGUGCAGACAUGAUUUCUGUUGGGUUUGUUUGGGAGAUUGGAAAGCUCAUGGAUCUGAAUACUAUGAAUGUAGUCGGUAUAAGGAAGACCCAAAUUUGACUACUGAUAGCCAACAUGCUCAGGCACGUGAAGCCUUGAAGAAAUAUUUGCAUUAUUAUGAAAGAUGGGAAAAUCAUGCUCGAUCUCUGAAGUUAGAAGAGCAGACAUUGGAAAGUCUUAAAAGCAGAAUAAACGAAAAGGUUAUGGCUGGGGAAGGUACAUGGAUUGAUUGGCAAUAUCUUUGGGAUGCUGCUAAACUUCUCAAGCGCUGUAGAUAUACUCUUCAAUAUACCUAUCCUUAUGCAUACUACAUGGAGGUUGGUCCUAGAAAAGAAUUAUUUGAAUAUCAGCAGGCUCAACUUGAAGCUGAGAUAGAGAAUUUGUCAUGGAAGAUUGAAAGGGCUGAAACAACCCAUAGGGGUGACUUGGAAAAUCAAAUGGAUAUAGCAGAAAAAAGGCGGACAACACUACUAAAAGAUUUUCUAGAAUUUAGUUCAAAGUCAAAUAAUAGUAGUAAAGUUUAAAUAUUUGGAACAAAAUUGUAUUUGCAAGCACAUAUAUAUGAUUAAGUCAA